CUCAUUGUCACGUGAUCUCUGACGGCACAACUAGAAUGGCGGUGUGUAUCGCUGUCGUAGCAAAAGAGAACUACCCGCUGUAUAUCCGCAGCGUUCCUAGUCAAAAUGAGCUCAAAUUUCACUACACCGUGCACACCUCUCUGGAUGUGGUGGAGGAAAAGAUUUCUGCUGUGGGGAAGUCAUUGGGGGAGCAGAGAGAGCUCUACCUGGGUCUACUCUAUCCCACCGAAGACUACAAAGUAUAUGGGUAUGUAACCAAUUCAAAGGUUAAAUUUGUCAUUGUUGUAGACUCAUCUAACACAUCGUUGCGAGACAACGAAAUAAGAAGUAUGUUCAGAAAACUGCACAACUCCUUCACUGAUGUAAUGUGUAACCCAUUCCACACUCCAGGAAAUCCUAUUCAGUCAAAGGCCUUUGAUGAAAUAGUCUCUGGAAUGAUGGCUUGAUGUCCUCUACACCCUCCCAUGUACAUUACCCUGCUUUACACUAAUCUGUGAAGCCUUGCUUGAUUAAAUGCAUGUGAAAAUAAAAAUGUUACUACACACAUCAUUUUAGUACAAA